GGGUUGCGGACAGAUUUUACAUGCUCAGGAGCUUGCUCCUUGUUUCAUGUUUAUCUUAAUUACAUUUUAGUUUAACAACCUUUAUCUGUUUGGAAUGAUGGAAAACGUGCAUCUCGUCGAAGACGAGGAUGAUAUUUAUUCGGGAUACAACGACUAUAACGCCACAUUUGACUCCGAGGAGCUUGAUAAUGAUGAAGGAUUCCAGCAAGCUGUGAGAACCAGCCAUGGAAGAAGGCCUCCUAUGACAGCCAAGUUUCCUGGCACUGCUAUUGGUGGACGUCCCAUUGGCACUUCCUUUGGAGCCAGGAUUCCGUUGGCUUCUUCUCUGGGCAGGCCUGUGACCGGAGCCAUUCAGGAUGGAGCUGCCAGACCAAUGACAGCGGUGCGAGCUGCAGGCUACACCUCAGCCCUGACCAGAGGAACAACCUUUGACCCCCUCGGUCAGUCAAAAGGCCCCGCCCCUCCCUUGGAGGCCCGCAAUGAUGACACACCCGAGGAGAAGAUCAAGAUCCUGGAGAAGAGAGUGAACGAGCUGAUUGCCGAAAGCUGCAUCGCACACAGCCAGGGCUCCCUGCAGCUGGCCCUUGAGAAGGCCAAGGAGGCAGGCAGGAAGGAGCGGGCGCUGGUGAGACAGAGAGAACAGUCCGGAAACGCCGACCACAUCAACCCUGACCUCACCUACGCUGUGUUGUUUAACCUCGCCAACCAAUAUGCAAAUAAUGACAUGUACCCGGAGGCUCUGAACACCUACCAGGUGAUCGUGAAGAACAAGAUGUUCACCAAUGCAGGGAGGCUGAAGGUGAACAUGGCCAACAUCUACUUCAAGCAGAAGAACUACCCCAAGGCCAUCAAGUUCUACCGCAUGGCCCUGGACCAGAUCUCCAACGCCCACAAGGAGACGCGGAUCAAGAUCCUGCAGAACAUCGGCGUGGUCUUUGUCCGCAUGGGCCAGUACUCGGACGCCGUCACCUCCUUCGAGCACAUCAUGAGCGAGAGCCCCAACGUGCGCACCGGCUUCAACCUGAUCCUGUGCUACUACGCCACGGGGGACCGCGACCGCAUGAAGAAGGCCUUCCAGAAGCUCAUCGCCGUGCCGCUGGGCAUCGGAGAGGAGGACAAGUACAUCCCCACCAACGAUGACACUCACGCCAAUCUGGUCACCGAAGCGAUCAAAAACGACAAGCUCCACCAGAUGGAGAGGGAGAGGAAGUCUCUGGCGGAGAAGUUCAUCAUGACGUCAGCCAAGCUCAUCGCACCGGCCAUCGAGAGCUCCUUUGCCGCGGGAUUCGACUGGUGUGUGGACAUGGUGAAGAGUUCCCAGUAUGUGGAGCUGGCAAAUGAUUUGGAGAUCAACAAAGCCAUCACCUACCUCCGACAGAAGGACUUCAAACAGGCGGUCGAGUCGCUAAAGAUGUUUGAAAAGAAGGACAGCCGGGUGAAGAGCGCCGCCGCCACCAACCUCUCCUUCCUCUACUUUCUGGAGAAGGACUACGAGCAGGCGGACCGCUACGCCGACCUGGCCAUGAGCGCGGACCGCUACAACCCCGCGGCCCUCAUCAACAAGGGCAACACCUGCUUCGUGAGGCAGGACUACGACAAGGCGGAGGAGUUCUACCGGGAGGCCCUGAGGAACGACUCCUCGUGCACCGAGGCCCUCUACAACCUGGGUCUGACCUAUAAGAGGCUGAACCGACUGGAGGAGGCCCUCGAUGGGUUCCUGAAGCUCCACGCCAUCCUGAGGAACAGCUCCCAGGUCAUGUUCCAGCUGGCCCACCUCUAUGAGCUCCUGGACGACCCCCAGCAGGCCAUGGAUUGGCUGAUGCAGCUGAUCAGCGUGACCCCCACUGACCCCCAGGUGCUGGCCAAGCUGGGGGGGCUCCAUGACUUAGAGGGAGACAAGCCCCAGGCCCUGCAGUACUACUCAGAGUCCUUCAGACACUUCCCGUCCAACAUGGCGGUGAUUGAGUGGCUCGGGGCGUACUACAUCGAGACCCAGUUCUGUGAGAAGGCCAUCCAGUACUUUGAGAGAGCGAUGCUCAUCCAGCCGACCCAGGUCAAGUGGCAGCUGAUGGUGGCUAGCUGUUACAGGAGAAGUGGCAACUACCAACAGGCCCUGGAGACUUACAAGGACAUCCACCGCAAGUUCCCAGAAAACAUAGAAUGUCUCCGGUUCCUGGUCAGGCUGUGUACUGACAUGGGGAUGAAGGAGGUUCAGGAGUACGCCACCAAGAUGAAGAAAGUAGAGAAAAUGAAGGAGAUCAGAGAACAGAGGGUGAGGUCGGGGAGGGAGGGCAGUGCCAGAGCGCGCCGGGAGGGGCGAGAGGGGAGCGCAGGCAGUGGCCACGCCCCCUCGCCUGUUCUCACUCCUCCAAAGAAGGAGAGAGAACUCUCUGGAGUGGAUGUGAAACCAGACAGUGGAAACAGUAGCCAGGGCAACAGUUCCCGUGGUGACCGUCUGAGCACCAAGCUGAAGUCCCUUCCUGGUUCCAACGAACCCUACGAGUCCAGCGGCCAGAGAGAUCUAGACGCCUCCUACGUGGACCCGCUGGGCCCUCAGACGGAGAGACCGAAGACGGCCGCUAAGAAGCGGGGGGAUGAGAGCGACUUCGCGGACGAAGAGCUAGGAGAUGACCUACUACCCGAGUGACGGCGUGUUGUGUGUUCUAUUUUUUUAUAUUUAUUAUAACGUCUGCUCUCAUUCAAAAAAAUAAAUAAAUAGCUAGACUUUAUAUAACUGAUCUGAACCGCCAUGUUUGUUGGACGUUUAUUUUACAAACACGUUUUGACAAGGCCAUUUGUUUAUAUAUAGAGUAGGCUAACUUCUUAUAUAUAGCCCAGACAUUAUGGACUACUCGCAGAGAUUACGUUUCGUUUCCAACUGUUCUUUUUUUGUGCAACAACUCCAGCCUCACUUCCUUCAGACACAGAGCAAUUCCUGCAGGACUGUGAGACACACGUGGGUGUUGAGGGGUUCCGCUGUUUGUUUUUCCACCUUAUGGCCGUCAGGAUUUCCGUCUUCUGGGAAUCUGGUGGAACCUCAGCAGAAGGUUUCCAACUUAAAUCCAACCAGACUCACGGACGCAGUGGGUCUCUUAUAGAUAUACGCUCUCAUCUUUCCAUUACCCUUCCUCGUUCGCCCUGACGCACAUGUAUAGCCCAUAAAUCUAGAAAUAUUUUGAUUAAACAUUUUUUUAAAUAAUAA